GCCCAAACUUACUAAUAGAAUGCCAAACAGCUCAAAAACAGACAUAAUAAACGUCAAACCCCAGUGUGACAACAGGGUGAGCCAGAUGGCACCAUCAAAGCAGCUUAAAAUAACAGACCCGAUGCCCCAUGGCAAGAAAGACCACCUGAAAAACAUGCAAGAUUGUGACGAAAUCAUGGCUCACUUAUCUGCCUUGGAAGGCCCCACGGAGAUGGAUCUUCUGCCCCUCACACCCGCGGAUAUAUUUCGGUCACCAACAAAAGCCUUCAUAUCAUGCUGCAAGAUUUAA